GAAAAUUAUGCCGUACAAAAUUGAUUUAUCAAGCAGAUAAAAUGAUCAGUUCACGUCAAUGUUUCUUAGGACUCAAAUUCAUUUCGAGAUACGCUUCUACCCAUGGUCGUACACGUUUACCCUACCAUGGUACUAAAUUGGCAUUACUAAAGAACUACCCUCAGUAUAAAUAUUUUCCACCCACCGUUGCUUUUGGGAUAUCGACCAUCGUUCUGGGCGUGCAAAACGCCGAACUGAGGUCAGAAAUAGACGAUUUGAAAAGUGUAACUACUGCUGCUCCAGGGACCACCGCUGCCCCGGAGACCUCCACUGCUAUUACCACCACUGGCACCACUGAAGCUCCUGACGAUAUGUCCAAAUACAGACUGCCCACCACAGUGAAACCGCUGGUGUACGACUUGUAUUUGUAUCCGGACUUGGACACCGGACUAUUUUCAGGUACAGUCGUUAUUUCCCUAAAUGUCCUCUCGGAAACAGAUUCUGUGGUGCUCCACAGUAAUCUUCUCACCAUUGACAACGUCACUAUUGGAACAGAAACCGGAAACUUUGCUCUAGAAGACACUUACGAACUUUUGACCAUCACCAAGGCAGAUGGGAGUCUAUUUAGUGUUGGAAACGCCACCAUCGAAAUUAACUUCAACGGCGACAUGAAGAACAGGAUUGUAGGGUUGUACACUAGCAGCUAUACCACGGAGAGUGGGGAAAGCAGGCAAAUAGCAACAUCGAAAUUCGAACCUACCUAUGCAAGACAGGCAUUUCCUUGCUUCGACGAACCAAAUUUGAAAGCCAAAUACAUAGUCCACCUGCUCAAACCAAAGGAUGCAAGCUACAUCGCUCUCUCGAAUUAUCCAGUAGCUAGAACAGAAGACUACGAUGACAAUAAUGAACUGGUCACUUUCGACGAGACGGUGGAGAUGUCCACAUACCUCUCGUGCUUCAUCGUUUCGGACUUUACGAACACGGAAACGUCUUUCGACAAUAUGGGAACGUCGGUCCCUCUCAAAGUUUACGCAAGCCCCGAAAAUCUCAACAAAACCACAUACGCGGGGGAAGUAGGGAAAAAGGCUAUCGAAUAUUACGUCAAUUAUUUCAACAUGUCUUAUCCGCUGCCAAAAUUAGAUAUGGUGGCCAUUCCUGAUUUUGUAUCCGGGGCCAUGGAGCACUGGGGUCUUGUGACCUACAGGGAAACUGCCCUGUUGUACACCAGCGACACACAUUCAUCUUCUAACAAACAAAGGGUAGCUACUGUGGUUGCUCAUGAACUUGCUCACAGCUGGUUUGGAAAUCUAGUCACGAUGGACUGGUGGAACGAUCUUUGGCUAAACGAAGGAUUUGCCAGUUACAUCGAAUACAAAGGUGUGCUCGCAGCUGAACCAACUUGGGGAAUGCUUGAUCAAUUUUUGGUGUCCGAGCUACAUACGGUGUUAUCUUUGGACGCCACCCUGAGUUCACAUCCAAUAGUUCAAACCGUCCUAACUCCAGAUCAAAUUACGGAAAUUUUCGACACCAUCUCGUACAACAAGGGUGCUUCCAUACUGAGAAUGCUUGAGAAUACCGUCGGGGAAGAGAAUUUCCAACUUGGCGUGACAAACUACUUGAACAAAUACGCCUAUUCCAACGCUGUAACUAGCAAUUUCUUGACUGAAAUUCAGGAGGUGGUUGGAAGCACAUUGGACGUUGCCCAAAUGAUGGAUACGUUCACCGUACAAAUGGGUUAUCCAGUUCUAACGGUUAGUGUAAAUGGAGAUAACUACACCCUUACGCAGAAGAGGUUUUUGAAAGAUCCUGAUGCUACAUACGACAGCACGGAAUCAAGUUACGGUUAUAAGUGGACAAUCCCUGUUACCUACGUCACAGAUUUGGGACAAUCGACAGAACUGAUUCUUUUCCAACACGACGAUGAAAGCUUGACGAUCCAGAGGCCGGAGGGAGCCACUUGGCUCAAAUUCAACUACGACCAAAUCGGCUACUACAGGGUAAACUAUCCGGUCGACAUUUGGAAUAGUUUGAUCAGCAUAUACGACUCCUUGAGCGUUUCCGAUAGGACCCACCUGGUGGAAGAAUCCUUCAGUAUAGCGGAGGCCGGUCUGCUGUCUUACGAGGUCCCGUUGGAGCUAACGAAGAACAUAGUGAACGAAAUCGAGUAUCCCCCUUGGAGUGUGGCUUCCUCUAAGUUGCAAAGCAUUUUAAAAUACCUUACUGGAUCAGAAUCGGCUCAAGCCGAAACACUGAAAACAUAUGUCCAAAAUAUAGUUGAUACCGCUUAUCACAAUUUCACGUGGAUUGAAAGUGAGGAUGACAGUCACUUAAGAAGACUAGCUCGCGUCCAGGUUUUGACUCUGUCUUGCGCAGUGGGACAUUCAGAUUGUCUGUCAGAAGUCCAAACCCAAUUCAACGCUUGGAUAAAUAAUGGGACAUCACUUUCACAAGAUUUAAGAACCCUUGUUUACAGAUACGGUAUAAAAAAUGAAAAUGAAGAAACUUGGGAAAAAUUAUUGAGUAUAUAUGAAGCGGAAAGCGACGCUUCUGAAAAACUAAAGCUAGUCUAUGGACUGGCUAAUGUGGAUAACACUACUUUACUUAGCAGGAUGAUCGAAUUAUGCAAAAACGAAAGCAUUGUCCGCAGUCAGGACUACUGGACCGUAAUGGGAUACAUAUCCACAAACACUGCUGGCACCUCCCUUGUAUGGGAUUGGGUCAGGGCAAACUGGGAAUACUUAGUGGAAAGAUUCACUUUGAACAACAGAUAUUUGGGAUCGUUCAUACCCACUAUUACAUCAAGUUUCGCCACACAAGAGAGGUUGACAGAGAUGCAAGAAUUCUUUGCGCUAUACCCAGACGCCGGCGCCGGCACUGCGAAUCGCGCGAAAGCUCUCGAAACCGUGGAGAACAACAUUAGAUGGUUGGCCAGUUACAAAACUACUGUCGAGACUUGGAUAGCUGCUCAGGCCAGUACCGCAUAACUUUCAGAAGUUACCAGUGAAUUGUUACCUACUUUUAUAUUAAAUUUAAAUUAAAUUAAUAAGAUGCUACUAUUUAUAUGUAA